AUGAAUUUAAAUUAUAUUGACAAUUAUUGUUAAGCAGUAGAUGUUUCAUAAUAAAAACAAAAGCCAUCUAGCAUUCAUUAUUCAAAUAGAGAAUAUACAUUUGCUCCUUAGAAUUAUAAUUAGGUAGGUAGUAUGAGUAUGAAAUAAUGUCAGCAAGAUUCAAAUUUUAGUAACAAAUACCAUAACAGUAGCUUACCACCUAAUAAUUACACCAAAAAGAAAUCACCAAGUUAACCUACUUCAUAUUUGAAUAAAUUGAAAUAGUAAUAUGCUCCAUUAUAAUCAACUCAAUCAACACAUCAUAGUAAUCAUAAUCAAUCAGUUGAAAGUGAAUAAUAGAGCUAUGAGUAAUUAGUUGUUUAUAAUAACUUAUUAAAAUUAGAGUUAGAAAGAAAGUUGUUUAAUUGUGGGGUUUUUGUUAUCAAAUAAAAUGAAGGAAAAUGUGUUGAUUUUUAUUUAGAAUUGAAAAAAUAGAAAGAUAAUUAUGAAAAAUAGAUAUAAAAUUUAUAAGGAAUUAUAUAAAACUAUGAAAAUAACCUUAAUGAAUUAGUUGAUCUUUAAGAAUAUUAAAGAUAGAAUCAAGAAUUAAGUACAUCAAUUGAAUAAGCUAUUUAAAAAUUGACAUUAGCCAAUUAAACAAUUAAUCAAUUAGAAUAAGAAAAAGAAUCUUUAUUAGAUUAUAUAGACAAAUAGAAAGAUAUUGCAGAAUAGUUGAAAUAAUAAAAUGAUUAACAAGAUUUAAAAUAAAAGGAAAUGAAAAUAAUGAUAUUGCAGUUAUAAAAAUAAAUUGAAUAAUAUAACAUUGAAUUGAUGGAAAAGGAGGAUUUUAUAAAAGAGAUUAGUGAGAUGUAAAAUAAGAGUAAAAGUUUAUUACAAGAUGAAAUUAUGAAAUAUUAAUCAUAAAUUACUAUAUUACAAAGAUAACUAUAAGAUUAAGAAUAGUAGAAUAAAGAAAUAAGUAGAAAAUUUAAUGAUAGUGCAUCUUAGAUAUAAUUGAUAGUUAGGCAAUCUGAUGAUAAACAUAGUCAAUUUCAAUUUACUUAGAUCUAGGAUAAUUAAAGUGUUUGUGAAUUUGAUAGUAAUUUAAAAUCCUCAAGAAACACUAAUCUUAUUCAAAAAUAAUAAUAAGGUUUAGAUUAGAUGAUUCGAAUUAAUAAAUAAACUCUAUAGGAUUUUCAAUAAUAAUUGAUAUUGCAUCAGAAAUUAGGAGAGUAUCAAGAGAAGUUGAGUAAUUAAAUAAAUUAGAUUGAAUAAUAGAAUAAAUAAUUAAUUACAAUAACUUAAUAGUAUCAAGAAUUAUUCUAAUAGAAUUCAAGUCUCAAAGAUAAGGAAGUUUAAUUGAAUUAAUAAGUUAAGGAUUUAAAUUAGACUGUUGGAAAACUAUCAUAAGAAAGAUAGGAAUAUGUUGAAUAAAUGGAAUAGCUGUAAUAAUAGAUAAUAGAUUAAAAUUAAAUAAAUUAAGAUUUGAAUAACUAAUACUUUAAAUAAAUUGAUGAGUUGUAAAAUGUAAAUUUAAUACAAUAAAAAUAUAAUACAUUACAAAUAAAAGUUUAAGCAGAUGUAGAAUAUUAUGAGAAGUAUAUACAUUAUUUAUAGUAGUAUAAUUAAAGAUUUUAAUUCUUAAUUAAUUAAAAUUUACAAGAAGAUAGAAGAAAUCUUAGGAAAUUUAUAAGUUUUUGAUUUAAGCAAAAUUUAAGUAGAUGAGAUUUCACCUAGUACAAUAUUGAUAUCUCUUGAUCAUAUUGAGAGUUUUGUAAGCAGAAAUCUUAACUUUAAUAAAUCUUAAUUAAAUACUUCUAAUCAAAUUCAUAAUAACUUGCUUAAUUUCUCAUCCAGCCAGACACCUACAAAUAUGAUACAAAAUAGCAAAUAUUUUUCAAAUGAGUUUAUUGACAGCAAUUAAUAAAAUAGUAUGUUGAGUAAUUAAAGCAAUCAUAAUAAACCAUAUUUAGUUAAAAGGAAUUACUAUUUAUGA